UGUGACUGGCCAGCAGGGGGCGGUGAUAACUUUCUAUCCACUCUCCAACACUGUGAGGUGAAAUCACAGAUUUUGCUUUUGUCCCCUCUUGAAAACUGCAGGAACUUCCAGUUCCAUUGGGAAAAUUUGUGCCUCAAUCCUUUUCCUAGAUCUGGGGGGUGAGGGAGGUGGGAGAGGGGUCUGUGCUGGGAAAUGACCUUAAUGAAAGCUGCUUCUCUGCUCUGCUCUACCCUGCCCAGGUGAACAAGAAAAGGAGCGGUCAGAGGAAAAGCCAGUUCCUGACUCCAUAUUCCCGCUGCUGGGGUGUGGCUGCUGUGGGAGUGACCUCCAUCUUUCACUCCAUUUCAUCCAGUCCUCCCAUGGCACAGGGAAGAGAAAUGGCUGCAGUGGAGCCAGCCCAGGGGCCGAUGACCUUUGAGGAGGUGGCUUUGCAUUUCACCAGGGAAGAGUGGGCUCUGCUGAACCCCACUCAGAGAGCCCUCUACUGGGAUGUCAUGCUGGAGAAUUAUGAGACUGUGACCUCGCUGGGGUUUCUGGUUUUCCAGCAUGAUGUGGUCUCCCAUCUGGAACAAGGGGAAGAGCCAUGGGUCCCAGACCUCCAGGGUUCAGAGAAGAGAGAGAUCCUGAGAUCUCCCCGCACAGGUGAGGAAACAUUAAACCAACUCAGAAUCUCAGGUGAUACAAUGAGAUGUGAGAAAGAGGAGCAGAAUUCUCAUCAGGGAAAUGUUGAGGAAGUGGAUAAACACGGAGCAUUCUCGCAAAGAAUGAAAAGGAAUGUGUCCAGCAGUCAUGAGCAGGGAAGAUCCUGUGAGGUUCAUCACAGUAUUUCCUGUCAGGGAACUCAGAAGGGCCUUAAGGAAACGAGAAGACAGCAGGAAAUCUGCAGGGAAAAGCAAAAAUCUACAUGCGCUGAGUGUGGGAAAACCUUCAAUUACAGCUCACACCUUAUUAAGCAUCAGAGAAUCCACACUGGGGAGAAGCCCUAUGAAUGCCGUGAGUGUGGGAAACUCUUCACUGAAAGAUCAGUGCUUAUUAGGCAUCAUAGAAUCCACACAGGGGAGAGGCCCUAUGAAUGCAGUGAGUGUGGAAAACUCUUCACUCGUAGAUCAACCCUUAUUACCCAUCAGAGAAUCCACACAGGGGAGAGGCCCUAUGAAUGCAGUGAGUGUGGAAAACUCUUCACUCAAAGAUCAGCCCUUAUUACGCAUCAGAGAAUCCACACAGGGAAGAGGCCAUAUGAAUGUAGUGAGUGCCGGAAAACCUUCAGUCAAAGCUCUCACCUUGUUACCCAUCAGAGAAUCCACACAGGGGAGAGGCCGUAUGAAUGUAGUGAGUGCCGGAAAACCUUCACUCAAAGCUCUCACCUUAUUACCCAUCAGAGAAUCCACACAAGAGAGAAAGCCUCUGAAUGCACUGAGUGCGGGAGAACCUUCAAUCACAGCUCACCCCUUAUUGGGCAUCAGAGAAUUCACACAAGCGAGAGGCUCUGCGAAUGCCAUCAGCAGGCCUGCACAACUUGUAAAGCGGCGAGGGCCACAUUACUCCAAAAAAAACAGUGCUAUUAGAAGAAACCACUGUCAGGACACCUGGACCAGUAGGAAAGAGGAUUUUGUAAUUAGCUUUAAGAACUAGGCCAGGCAUGUAGUUUCCUGCAAACAAGAAACUUUUUUUUUAAAGCAGCAUACAUCCCUGGAGUUAACCUUUGCUUUUUGACACAACUUCCUUAAAUGCUUUACUAUCAUUAAUAGUCAGUAGGGCUCGGAUGCUCAAUUGUACAGUGUAUGUUUAAUUUUUUUUUCAUUUUUAUAAGUAAGUUGACAUUAAACUUUUAUCAAUAAACUUUUGGUAACUGAAUUGUUUUUCUUAACUAUGUGAACAAUGGACUGUAUAUUUUUUUACAGUCUGAAACGUACCCAUCAGAUAUAUUUUACCUCUCAACUACAUUAAACGUGUCUGAAUGAAA